CUUUUUGUGUUUGGCGCGCAAAAUCGCGACAACAAGGGCAACGUCGAUCAAGCACAGAAUGCCGCCCAAGCGCAAAACAACGGCGAACGCAGUGGCGUCUGCUGCUGAGCCAGAGGCUGUGCCGAUGGACGUCGCUCCUGCCGUGGCGCCUGCUGCCGUAGUGGUGGCUCCGACCAUGAGACGGACGCGAUCAUCGACCGCUCAGGCGCAGUCUCAGUCGCAGCCAGCGCCACCCCUAGCGACCCCCGCGGUGUCAGCAACCGAAGCAAGACAGACACGCCAGACCCUGAAGCGGGCGGCGAGCUCGAGUGCGGCAUCCAAUGCUGCUCCUGCUCCGACGACUCGCUCAACGACGACGACGCUGAACGACGACGCCGAAGCGACCCAAGCGGGCCUCCGCCCCAUCGACCUGACGCGGCAAGCAACCGCGAGUGUGCCGUCGUCGUUGUCGUCGUUGUCGUCGUCGUCGUCGUCCUUGAUGCUGGGGUCGUCCUCGGGCGCUGGGAACAGCCGUCGUGAAACAAAGAUUUUGGCGGGAAGACCCCCAAACACAACCGCUGCUGCAGACAACGGCGACAUUGUCAUUCUCGACUCGCCUCCCGCCUCUCCAGUUGCGCGUGCUGGUCUGAGCACGAGUUCCGGCAGGGCGGGCCCGAGCACCAGCGAAGCCAGCGCCAGGGCAAGUUCGAGUUUGCCGAUGCCGACAGCCACGGCCAGCACUACGGUCAGCCAGCUGCGCUCGUACUCGUCCAGCACCUCGGCUCCGGCAGCUCAGUGGUCAAGCCACCCGCCUCCUACAUUGUCGUCCGCGGCUCGAGCACCGACAUUCUCGAGCCAGCCGCGUCCCAAUGAACAAAAGCCAAAGCCCGCACUCCAGUUUCCGUCGUCAAGCGAAGAAAAUGCGGCCGACAGUUCAAACCUGGUGUACGACCUCACGCAGCCAGGCAGCUCUGGGCCACUGGGUGUGAUGCGCGCGCUGACACCCGCAGAACGCCAACUGCUGCAACCUGCAAAGAAGCAAAUUUCACUCGGAACGGAUUUGCACGCCACCGCAGCUUCCACCACAGAUCCCUAUGACGCCAUGGCAAUACAGCGCAGGAAUGAAGAGGCUGCUGCUGUUGUUCGGCGAACGUUGCGACCAUUUGACGAGGGCUCCUCUGAUGACGAAGAUGCAGACCCGAGCUACUCGAGCUACCCGACGCGAGAGGCUAUUACUGAUACGGAUGCUGUGAAUUUGGCCGAGAUGCUCAAAGAACUCGGAGAAAAUUCCGAGAAGCGGGUGGAGGUUGUUCCUGGUCUGAACGUGGAGCUUUAUCCCCAUCAGAAAAUUGGUACGGCCUGGAUGAUUGCUCGCGAGAAGAAGGCACCGUUCGGUGGGCUUCUUGCUGACGAGCCUGGUCUUGGAAAGACCCUACAAUGCAUCAGCACAAUGCUCAUCAAUCGACCUCCUCCGCUGAAGGCCAAUCCAAAUGUGCGGCAGCCGAUGCGCACGCUAGUGGUAGCCCCAAUGGCGCUUGUCAGGCAAUGGGAGGCUGAGAUUCUCGGCAAAGUCGAUUCCGGGCUGGAGCUCAAGGUGUAUGUGUACCACGGAGCACAUCGCAACCGUGAUCCCUACUUUCUGGCAUCGCAAGAUGUCGUGCUGACCACAUAUGCGUUAGUCGCGAAUGAGGCGCCAUUCCAGGACGAGUUUAUGAUCAACAAACGCUCGAGUCCCUUGUUCAAAGUUCGCUGGUUUAGAGUGGUGCUCGAUGAAGCGACCUGCAUCAAAAAUCGCGGUGCUGCAGUGUCCCAAGCUGUGGCCAAACUGCACUAUGAAAGGCAAUGGUGCAUAUCUGGUACUCCCAUUCAAAACUCGAUCGAGGAUCUCUUCCCGCUCUUCCGAUUUUUGAAAUACGCCCCUUACGAUCAGUACCACCGCUUCUGCUCUAGCUUCAACAUUCGCAAAACGCUGCAGUUCUCCGCCAAGAACAUUCAGCAACUCCAAGCCGUGAUGGCCCCCAUUUGCUUGCGCCGGUUGAAGAGUAGCAUGAUUGACGGGAAGCCGAUUCUCAACCUGCCCCCGCGCACCGUCACUGUCUCUCGCCAACCCUUCUCGAUGGAGGAGCUCGAUUUCUACAACGCGCUUGAAAAGCGGUCUCAAGUGCGUUUCUCGCGCUACUUGCUCCGUGGCCAGGCCAUGAACCACUACAGCAAUCUGCUUCUCAUGUUGCUGCACCUGCGACAAGCUUGCGACCAUCCGCACCUCAUCAGACCCGUGCGCGAGUUGGCCGAAAUGCAGCAUGUAGACCCCUCUCGCUACAACGCACUGAUGCGCGAACAAGACGAACGUCACAACCGCGCCGUCCAACGGCAGCAAGAGGCGGAGGCCGCACAAACAUCGACGCGACGCUCCCGUCGAACCCUCGGUGACAUGGAGGACGACGACGACGACGAUGAUGAUGAUGAUGACGAAGAGGAGACUGUUGCUGGCGCGAGCUCGCGCGACCGAGGCAAUGACCGCCCUGCAACGGGAGGCGUAGACAGCCUGCCCGCCGAUGUGCGCAAACGUGUUCUCGAAGGCAACAUUCAAACCGAAUGCCCCAUCUGCAUGGACGUCGCGACAGGCGAGAACGAGGGCGUCAUUUCCCGAUGUGGUCACGUCUUUUGUCGCGCGUGCCUGGUGGCCUAUCUCGAAAACGGGUUGCGAAGGAAUGUCAACGACAAGGCGACGUGCCCGACCUGUCGCCAGCCAAUCGACCAGCGGCAAGUGGUCCCUCUUGCUGCCAUCCAGAAAUCCAUGAGUAAGAAGCCAAGCGCUGACGAGGAGCAGGGCGAAGGCGCCCUCGCCGACGACGACGAAGACGGUGACGACGAGAUUGCCAAAACGCUCGUUCCAGUCAAUCUCGGGACAACGCUCAAUCCUCGUGAACACCAAAACCUGACCAGAGUGCAAGACGUCAUGAAUGGAGGCGCCGCUGCUGCUCCCUCUCUUCGAGACUUGCUUCAGCUGCAGUAUCGCUUUGAGCAAACGGCCCAGAGUUCGACCAAGAUCAAGUACCUUACUUCGCGCAUCCACGCGACACUGAAAGAAGACCCAUCGUUGAAGAUUCUCGUGUUUAGCCAGUGGACUUCCAUGCUCGACCUCUUGGAGCCGGCGCUGCAGGAAGCGCACAUUUUCUUCUCUCGCUUUGACGGAUCCAUGAGCAUGCGCGAGAAGGAUAACGUUAUUCGUGAGUUUGGCCAUCUCCGCUCCCAAACGCGAGUGAUGCUUUGCUCUCUCAAGUGUACCUCCAUGGGUCUGAAUCUGACGAUGGCAUCGCGAGUGUUUAUUGUUGGUACGUGGACCGCUCCUUGGUGGAACCCGAUGCAGGAAGAGCAGGCCAUCGAUCGCGUCCAUCGAAUUGGACAAAUGCGCGAAGUGAUUGUUGAGCGAUUGGUCAUUCCAGACACGGUCGAAGAGCGCGUCUUGCUCUUGCAACAAAACAAGCAAAUGCUUGCGAAUGCCGUUCUCGACGAAGCUGGUCGAGCGGCCUCGCAGCGCCUCGACCUGAAUGACCUGAUGUAUUUGUUUGGGUUGCGGCGCGAUUGA